AUGAAAGAAAGAAGUGUAGUAACUUCAUUUUUAACCUAUUCAAAAGAAUUUGAAAAUGAUCCGUUGACACAAGGAGAUAAAAUUUUAUUAUUGAAACGAAGUGAUAAAGUACAUACUUUCCAACAUCUUUGGGCAGGUGUUAGUGGUGGAAUGGAACCUCAAGAUGAAACACCAUUAGAUCGUGCCAUAACUGAGAUUCAAGAAGAAAUCAAAUUAACAACUUCAGAUAUAAACCUUAUUCGUUCUGGUUUACCUUUAACCAUACGAUCUGAAGAAACUUCAACCAUUUGGAAAGUUUAUCCAUUCCUUUUUCGUUUAAAUUCCAAAGACAUAAUUAAUAAAGUGAAAAUAGAUUGGGAACAUGAUACUUUUAAAUGGAUUAAACCCGAAGAUAUGAAAUCUUUUAAUACAGUUCCACAUCUAUUAGAAACAUUUCAUAGAGUAUAUUUACCAAAAAGUGCACAUAAUGGACUUCUUUAUAUGCUUAAAAAUAGAUCUUCUGGUGCCCAAGAAUUAGCGGAAAAAGCAUUAGAUAUAUUUGUUGAAGUUAUUAAAGAUAAAUCAUGUCGACAAUUUACAACAAAUUUCAAAGAAUUAUAUUUAGCAUGGCUUAAUAUUGGAUGGCAUCUAAGUGAAAUUAGACCCACCAUGAAAGCCUCUAUUACUUUUGCUAUUUUAAAAGUGAUGAAACAGAUCAAGGAUCACGUUAUUAAUUCACUGUCAGAUUCAUUAGAUUCGGUAGAUUUAGAUUCAUUUGAAAAAUAUUCACUUGAUAUUAUUGAACAAUUCAAAAUUACUUCCAAGGAAGCAGAACAAAAAAUCAAUUCAACUUUCAUGUCAACUUUAUUAUCUGAUACAAAAGUUACUUCUUUACAUAUUAUGACUAUAAGUUAUUCAUCUACAAUAUUUUCGGCACUUUCUCAACUUAUUAUUAAAAAUGUAACAUCGGAUCAUCCUUAUAAUCUAAUUAUUACCAUUCUAGAAUCACGUCCAUUAAAUGAAGGUGCUACAUUAGCAAAUAAGUUAUCACAUAUUUUAAAUAAAAAUUCUACUUCAAAAACAAAUCAUUAUGUAAAGAUUCAAGUAAUUACGGAUGCAUCGUGCAAUUAUUUUAUGCCUACAAUAACUCACGUUUUACUUGGAUCUGAUAUAAUUUUGGGAAAUGAUGGAUCUGUAAUAAAUAAAAUGGGUUCUUCACUUUUAGCAUUAUCAGCGAAACAUCAUAAAAAACAAGUUUAUGUGAUGUCAAGAACAGAUAAGAUAAUUUCAAGUGAUUCCAGUAAAAAAUGUGACGUGAUGGAAGAAAAAGAUGCCAAUGAAAUAAUUUCAAAUUAUGAAAAAGGAUGGGAUAAGACAAUUACGGUGAGAAAUGUUUAUUUUGAGAAAGUAGAAUCAAAUUUGAUUGAUGGUUAUAUUACGAAUGAAACAAAUGAAACACAGGGAUUGCUCACAAUUAAAGACAUAAGAUUAUUAGGAAAAAAGAUAAAAUCUAUGGAAAUACU